AUGUUGCGUUCCAGCAUGCUUGGCUCCUCGGCGCGAGCCGCCCUGCGUCCCCGGCCCACCGUCACCGGUCCGUACCGAAGAUUACAAUCCGGAGGCCCGUUCCAGGCUAUGCGACCACCGUCGCCGGCCGAGCUCGGUGCCCCAAAGAAGGCAAAAGAAUACCGAAGGGGACGGCGGUGGGCUCGGCGACUCUUGAUCAUAUCCGCCGUUGGAGGCGUCAUAUACAUUGGGGACAGCCAGAUCUACGCAUCCGGGUUCGGACGAUCAAUGCGCACCUUUGGGACAGGACUCCUUGUCGCCCUCGACUACAAGCUCAACUUUCGCCCUCAGCCGCUCACCGGGGGCACGGUGCAGGACCUACACAACCGCAAUGCGGAGCGGUUGUUCAACCUGCUUCGCGCCAAUGGAGGUCUAUACCUUAAGAUUGGGCAGGCCAUUGCCAUGCAGAGCGCCGUUCUACCCCCGGAGUUUCAAAAGAUGUUUGGCCGCAUGUUUGACGAUGCGCCGCAGGACGACUGGAAGGACAUCGAGAAGGUGAUACGCGAGGACUUUGGCAAGAGUGUCGAGGAGGUCUUUGGUGUUAGCUUCACGGGUAAGGAGGGUAUGGGUUUGAUGGAGCGCAAGGCCCGGGCGAGUGCGAGUGUUGCUCAGGUCCAUUGGGCAAAGCUCGCCGAUGGACGAGAGGUGGCUGUCAAGAUCCAAAAACGAGAGAUUGCCAAGCAGAUCUCGUGGGAUCUGUGGGCAUUCAAGACCGUGACCUGGAUCUACUCCAAGUGGUUUGACCUGCCACUGUACACACUGGUGCCUUUCAUCACCGAACGACUCGAGCUGGAGACCGAUUUCGUCAACGAGGCCAAGAACUCUGCGAAGAUGCGCGAAUUGGUGAAUGCAGAGAGCCGCCUCAAGGGGCGAGUCUAUAUCCCAACAGUGUACCCCGAGUUCACGACAAAGCGAGUUCUCGUAACAGAAUGGAUCGAGGGUGUGAGGCUCUGGGAUAAGAAGUCCAUGACGUCGAGAUGGCUCGGAGGCUACGGCAGGGGUUCGCCGGGCGCCGGAAGCCCCUUGCCCGAGGUCGAUAUGGCCGCCGCCCGCCGGGAGCUCCGGACACGGCCAUACAGGGAGAAUCUCAAGCCGGAGCGCCAGGAGUGGCGGGGCCGCCGAGGCCGAGGCGGACUGGGUCUCUCCACGCGAGAAGUCAUGACGACCAUGGUAGAUCUCUUCUCCGCGCAGAUCUUUAAGUGGGGAGUCGUCCACUGCGACCCGCACCCGGGAAACAUCUUUAUCAGACGGCUCCCCAACGGCCGGGCUGAGCUGGUUCUCAUCGACCACGGCCUGUACGUGUACAUGUCUCAAAAGUUCCGACACGAGUAUGGCACCUUCUGGAAGGCGCUCAUGACGUUCGACAACAAGACGAUUGGACAAGUGACGGAGGAAUGGGGUAUCAAGGCGGCAGAUUUGUUUGCAAGUGCGACUCUGAUGCGGCCGUACGAGGGUGGUGACAUGCGAACGCACAAGGGGAUCAUGAAGGAGCUGGAGGGCAAGACGCCGGGUGAGCGACACUAUGCGAUGCAGCAGCGGAUGAAGCAGGGCAUCCGCGAGAUCUUGACAGACGAGGAGAAGUGGCCAAAGGAGCUCAUCUUCAUCGGCCGCAACAUGCGUAUCGUCCAGGGCAACAACCAGUACCUGGGCUCGCCUGUCAACCGCAUCAAGAUGAUGGGUGAGUGGGCGAGUCGCAGUCUCUUUGAGGAUCCUCGACUGCCACUGGGUCAGCGCCUCCAAAACCGCUGGCGACACGUCAUCUUCAAGGUGGUCAUGACCAUGUCGGAUGUGGCCUUUUAUAUCUUCAAGGUGCGGCAAUGGCUGGGUCUCGGAGGCGGCAUGGAGGACGAGAUGGAGAAGCGCAUGAAGGAUGUUGCUCAGGACUUUGGCAUCGAGCUCCAGCAUGAAGUGUUUGAGGGCUGA